CGAAAACUUAGUUGUCAUAUGUUAGGCUUGUGUUAGACAGGUGGUAACUUAGUAAACAAAAUUCCGGAUGUACAGCUGAUAGUAUUUGAAGUACCUUAUCUUUUAUCAUUAUUUUGUGACGGUUAAUUCGGGAAAAAUGUUCAACAAGACACACAAACCGCCAGAUGAGAGCUAUGUAAUAGACUUAAUUCGUCAGGAAAUUGUGACUGAAAAUCUGAAAGUGAAAGCAAUUAUUCAAAAUAUUUAUGCUUGCAAAGGACCCAGGGAAGUGUUGGAUGAACUGAACAGUGAAGGUCGUAGUAAGAUUGCCAUCCUGAGGAAACAAAUAACGAAAUUGGAGACAUUGGCUAAGGAAAGUGACAAUGAAAAGACAAAGAGAGAGAUUCUGUCAGAUGUUGCCAAUUAUAAGGAUGAACUAACAAGUACUCUUGCAGCAUUUCGUAAAGCAAACAUUACCUGCCUGCUUAGUAUAGAAAAGAGCUCACGGGAAGAGCUCCUUGGGGACUCUUCAGAAGAAGCAAGUUUAAGACACAGGCAAAGAAAAGAUAAAGAAAGUCUGGUAAAACUGUCGACAGAUGUAACAGAACAACUUCUUUCUAUCAGCCGUGCAUUGGCUGAAACAACAAAACAUAGUGCAGAGACGUUGGAUACAUUAGCCACAUCAUCAUCUGUGGUGCACAGUACACAUGAAGAACUUCACACGUUGGGUAGUGUUAUAAACCAGUCUGGGAAGCUGCUAUCUAAAUAUGGUCAAAGAGAAUUUACCGACAAAAUUUUAAUAUUUUUUGCAUUUGGAUUUUUUGUCGCUUGUGCAGUAUAUGUUGUUUUAAAGAGGUUAUUUUGAGUGUCCUGUGUACAAAGCUUUUUUAAAAAAUUCUAUUGUUAAGAAAAAUUUUCCUUUCUUUAUGUGUAACUUUUAUUUGUAAAUAUAUUGAACAUAAAAACUUGUACCAUAAUGUGCCUCUGA